AAAUCCAACUGCGCCACGGGGCGGAGCGGCCCCCCCAGCCCUGGCCUGGGGCGGGGGGGCCGCUCGACCCCCUGGGAGACCUUGGGGAGUCUGAACACCUGGGACACCCUAGAAUCAGGUUCCCCCAGGCACCAUGCCAGCCCCAUAGUACCACCCACCUCACCCACUGUGGUCUGCUGCACCCCACCAUUGGGGCACUGAUUCCAAUGAGGCAGGACACACUGAACUCCAUCUGGCUGUUACUGAGGCGGAGACGCGGGUGAUGAUUGGCUUUCUGGGCAGAGAGGAAGUCUUGUGAUUGGCUGGAUUCCUGGAGCUCACUGACACUGUGAGAGGACGCUCCCACGGAGGCCGGAGGCCGGAAUUAGCUGUGAAAGGCCCUGGACGACUAUCUGGGGGCAGUGGGCUCUCCUGUCAGAGCGGCUGGAGUUGGGACCAUCGCCCCAGAGAGCUGGGGCAAGGGGCCGUGCCCGAUCUCCAGGGCUCCUGGGGCCACUGCUGACCUGGCUGGAUGCAUCGGGCAGUGGACCCUCCAGGGGCCCGCGCUGCACGGGAAGCCUUUGCCCUUGGGGGCUUGAGCUGUGCUGGGGCCUGGAGCUCCUGCCCACCCCACCCCCCUCCUCGUAGUGCAUGGCUGCCUGGAGGCAGGUGCUCUGCCAGCAUUGGGCAGCCCCCACUUUCUGCUCCCCUAUCCUCUUCACAUGGCAGUAGCUCUGGGCACCACAACAAACCAUAUUAUGUUCCAGGGACACCCACCCCAAGGCCCCUCCAUGGAAAGCUGGAAUCCCUGCAUGGCUGUGUGCAGGCAUUGCUCCGGGAGCCAGCCCAGCCAGGGCUGUGGGAGCAGCUUGGGCAGCUGUAUGAGUCAGAGCAUGACACUGAGGAGGCCGUACGCUGCUACCAUAGCGCCCUUCGAUAUGGAGGAAGCUUGGCUGAGCUGGGGCCCCACAUCAGCCGACUACAGCAGGCCCAGCUCUGGAACUUUCAUGCUGGCUCCUGCCAGCACCGAGCCAAGGUCCUGCCCCCACUGGAGCAAGUAUGGAACUUGCUGCACCUUGAGCACAAGCGGAACUAUGGGGCCAAGCGGGGGGGUCCCCCAGUGAAGCGAGCCGCUGAAUCCCCAGUGGUGCAGCCUGUGCCUCCUGUUGUACUCUCAGGCCCCUCAGGGGAGGACGGCCUCAGCCCUGGAGGCAAGCGCAGGAGAGGCUGCAACUCCGAGCAGACUGGCCUUCCCCCAGGGCUGCCACUGCCACCACCACCAUUACCACCGCCGCCACCACCGCCGCCGCCGCCACCACCACCACCACCACCCCUACCCCUGCCUGGCCUAGCCACCAGCCCUCCAUUUCAGCUGACCAAGCCAGGGCUGUGGAGUACCCUGCACGGAGAUGCCUGGGGCUCCGAGCGCAAGGGUUCAGCACCCCCAGAGCGCCAGGAGCAGCGGCAUUCGCUGCCUCACCCAUAUCCAUAUCCAGCUCCAGCCUACACUGCGCAACCCCCUGGCCACCGGCUGGUCCCGGCUGCACUCCUAGGCCCAAGUCCCCGCCCCCCAGGAGCAGAGAGCCAUGGCUGCCCUCCUGCCACUCGUCCCCCCGGAAGUGACCUUAGAGAGAGCAGAGUUCAGAGGUCGCGGAUGGACUCCAGCGUUUCACCAGCAGCAACCACCGCCUGUGUGCCUUAUGCCCCUUCCCGGCCCCCCAGCCUCUCUGGCACCACCAGCAGCAGCAGUAGCAGCAGCAGCAACAACACUGGUCUCCGGGGCAUGGAGCCGAGCCCAGGCAUUCCCAGCGCUGACCAUUACCAAACUCCCGCGCUGGAGGUCACCUCUCACCAAGGCCGCCUGGGGCCCUCGACACAUAGCAGUCGGAAACCUUUCCUGGCAGCUCCUGCUGCCACUCCUCAUCUGUCUCUGCCACCUGGACCCCCCUCACCUCCUCCUCCACCUUCCUGUCCCCGCCUCUUACGCCCCCCACACCCCCCUGCCUGGCUGAAGGGCCCGGCCUGCCGGUCAGCCCAUGAAGAUGGAGAGGUCAUAGAGGAUCUCUUCUUUGGGGCUGAGGGACGCCCUCGCCCUCCUCCACCACCCUUCCCACACCGAGAGGGCUUCUUGGGGUCUCUGGCCCCCCGUUUUUCUGUGGGCACUCAGGAUUCGCACACCCCUCCUACUCCCCCAACCACCAGCAGCAGCGGCAGCAAUGGCAGUCACAGCAGCAGCCCUACUGGGCCUGUGUCCUUCCCCCCACCUCCCUAUUUGGCCAGAACUAUGGACCCCCUUUCCCGGCCCCCCAGCCCAACAAUGAGCCCCCAGGACCCACCUCUUGCACCCCUCACUCUUGCCCUGCCUCCAGCCCUUUCUUCCUCCUGCCACCAAAAUACCUCAGGAAGCUUCAGGCGCCCGGAGAGCCCUCGGCCCAGGGUCUCCUUCCCAAAGACCCCCGAGGUGGGGCCAGGGCCAUCUCCAGGCCCCCUGAAUAAAGCCCCCCAACCUGUGCAGCCGACAGUUGGGGAACUGCCUGCCCGAGGCACGCGACUCUUUGAUUUUCCCUCUACCCAAAUGGAGGAUCAGUUUGAAGAGCCCGCUGAAUUCAAGAUCCUACCCGAUGGGCUGGCCAACAUCAUGAAGAUGCUGGAUGAAUCCAUUCGCAAGGAGGAGGAGCAGCAACAACAGGAGACAGGCGUAGAUCCCCCGCCCCCCCUGAAGGAGCCCUUUGCAUCCCUGCAGCCUCCAUUCCCCACUGACACAGCCCCAACCACCACUGCUGCCACCACCGCUGCCACAACCACCACCACCACCCAAGAACAGGAGAAGAAGCCACCACCAGCCCUACCACCACCACCUCCAUUAGCCAAGUUCCCUCCACCCCCCAAGCCGCAGCCACCGCCACCCCCAUUACCCACAGCAGCCAACCCAGCCAGUUUGCUCAAAUCCUUGGCCUCCGUGCUAGAGGGACAAAAGUACUGUUACCGGGGGUCUGGAGCAGCUGUUUCUACCCGUCCUGGGCCCUUGCCCACCACUCAGUAUUCCCCCAGUCCCCCAUCAGGUGCUACCGCCCCACCUCCAACCUCAGUGGCUCCUAGCGCCCAGGGCUCCCCACAGCCCUCUGCUUCCUCGUCAUCUCAGUUCUCUACCUCAGGUGGGCCUUGGGUGCAGGAGCACAGGGCAGGCGAAGAGCCAGCUCUGGGCCCCUUGAACCCUGCCCCACCGCCCCCACCCCUCCCUCUGCCCCCUGCUCGUUCUGAGUCUGAGGUGCUAGAAGAGAUCAGUCGAGCUUGUGAGACCCUUGUGGAGCGGGUGGGCUGGAGUGCCACAGACCCAGAAGGCCCAGUGGACAAGGCAGAUCCUGUGGACACGACAGACCCAGUGGACAGUGGGACUGAACGACUGCUGCCUCCUGCCCAGGCCAAGGAAGAGAGUGGUGGGGUGGUGGCAGUAGCAGGACCAGGCAAGCGGCAGCAGAAGGAGCAUAAGAGGCACAGGCGGGCCUGUAGGGAUAUUAUGGGUCGGCGGCCCCGUGAGGGUAGGGCAAAGGCCAAGGCCCCCAAAGAAAAGAGCCGCCGGGUGCUUGGGAACCUGGACCUGCAGAGCGAGGAGAUCCAGGGUCGUGAGAAGGCCCGGCCAGAUAUUGGUGGGGCCUCUAAGGCUAAACCACCCACAGCUGCUGCCCCUCCUCCAGCGCCUGCACCCUCUGCCCAGCCCCCACCUGCAUCAACCCCUGUCCCUGGGAAGAAGUCUCGGGAGGAAGCUCCAGGGCCACCAGGUGUCAGCCGGGCUGACAUGCUGAAGUUGCGAUCACUUAGUGAAGGGCCUCCCAAGGAGCUGAAGAUCCGGCUGAUCAAGGUAGAGAGUGGUGACAAGGAGACCUUUAUCGCCUCUGAGGUGGAAGAGCGGAGGCUGCGAAUGGCAGAUCUCACCAUCAGCCAUUGUGCUGCUGAUGUUGUGCGUGCCAGCAAGAAUGCCAAGGUGAAAGGGAAGUUUAGAGAGUCCUACCUUUCCCCUGCUCAGUCUGUGAAACCGAAGAUCAACACUGAGGAGAAGCUGCCUAGGGAGAAACUCAACCCACCCACACCCAGCAUCUAUCUGGAAAGCAAACGGGAUGCCUUUUCACCAGUGCUGCUGCAGUUCUGUACAGACCCUCGAAAUCCCAUCACCGUGAUCCGGGGCCUGGCAGGUUCCCUGCGGCUAAACUUGGGCCUUUUCUCCACCAAGACUCUGGUGGAAGCAAGUGGCGAGCACACUGUGGAAGUGCGCACCCAGGUGCAGCAGCCCUCAGAUGAGAACUGGGAUCUGACGGGCACUCGACAGAUCUGGCCCUGUGAGAGUUCUCGUUCCCAUACCACCAUUGCCAAAUAUGCACAGUACCAGGCGUCAUCCUUCCAGGAGUCCCUGCAGGAGGAGAAGGAGAGUGAGGAUGAGGAGUCCGAGGAGCCAGACAGCACCACAGGAACCCCUCCUAGCAGCACACCAGAUCCGAAGAACCAUCACAUUAUCAAGUUUGGCACCAACAUCGACCUGUCUGAUGCCAAGCGGUGGAAGCCACAACUGCAGGAGCUGCUGAAGCUGCCUGCUUUCAUGCGGGUAACAUCCACUGGUAACAUGCUAAGCCACGUGGGCCACACGAUCCUGGGCAUGAACACGGUGCAGCUGUACAUGAAGGUCCCUGGCAGCAGAACACCAGGCCACCAAGAGAACAACAACUUCUGCUCCGUCAACAUCAACAUUGGCCCAGGCGACUGUGAGUGGUUCGCGGUGCAUGAGCACUACUGGGAAACCAUCAGUGCUUUCUGUGACCGGCAUGGUGUGGACUACCUGACAGGUUCCUGGUGGCCAAUCCUGGAUGACCUCUAUGCUUCCAAUAUCCCUGUGUACCGCUUCGUGCAGCGCCCUGGAGACCUCGUGUGGAUUAACGCGGGGACCGUGCACUGGGUGCAGGCCACCGGCUGGUGCAACAACAUUGCUUGGAACGUUGGGCCCCUCACCGCCUAUCAGUACCAGCUGGCCCUGGAACGAUACGAGUGGAAUGAGGUGAAGAACGUCAAAUCCAUUGUGCCCAUGAUUCAUGUGUCCUGGAACGUGGCUCGUACCGUGAAAAUCAGCGACCCUGACUUGUUCAAGAUGAUCAAGUUCUGCCUCCUACAGUCCAUGAAGCACUGCCAGGUGCAACGGGAGAGCCUGGUGCGGGCAGGAAAGAAAAUCGCCUACCAGGGCCGGGUCAAGGAUGAGCCUGCCUACUACUGCAACGAGUGCGACGUGGAGGUGUUCAACAUCCUGUUCGUGACGAGUGAGAACGGCAGCCGCAACACUUACUUAGUGCACUGCGAGGCCUGUGCCCGGCGCCGAAGCGCCGGCCUCCAGGGCGUGGUGGUGCUGGAGCAGUACCGCACAGAGGAGCUGGCGCAGACCUACGACGCCUUUACGCUGGCCCCAGCCAGCACGUCUCGAUGAGGCCGGAUGCCCCGCCCGCCUGCCCUCCGCAGGGCGCCGCGGGGCCACCAGCACACGCCUGGGCUGGACCUAGGUCCCGCCUCUGGCCGGGAAGGGGGUCGGGCCCAGCCCUUCCACCCCAUUGGCAGCUCCCCUUCACUUAAUUUAUUAAGAAAAAAAAUUUUUUAACAAAUAUGAGGAAAAAAGGAAAAAAAAAAGGGAGACGGGGGGAGGGGGCUGGCUGGCUGCCCCUCGCCCACCAGCACCUCCCCUCACCGACUUUGGCCUUUCUAGCAACAGACACAAGGACCAGGCUCCGGCGGCGGCGGGGGUCACAUACGGGUUCCCUCACGCCUGCCAGCCGCCUGCCCGGCGCAGAUGCGCGCGGCUCGUGUAUGUACAUAGGUGUUAUGGCAGCCGAGGUUUUUUUAAUGAGAUUCUUUCUAUGGGCUUUACCCCUCCCCCAGAACCUCUUUUUAUUUCCAGUGCUAGCUGUGAUCCCUGUACAUGUCUCUGUUUAUUCACUUGGUUAUGAUUUGUAUUUUCUGGAUUUUUUGUUUGUUUUUGUUUUUAAUUUAUAACAGUCCCACUCACCUAUUUAUUCAUUUUUGGGAAAACCCGACCUCCUGCACCCCCUAAGCCAUCCUACCCAUCCUUCCAGGGGCCGCCCGCCCGCCGCCGGGCUCUCCCUAAGCCCCAGUUUGGCCUGAACGUCUCCACUCACGCGCGGCUUCAGCCGGGUUCUCAUGGUGCUCAAACCCGCUCCCCUCCCCUACGUCCUGCACUUUCUCGGACAAGUCCCUCCGCCCCAUCUGCCCCAACCCCAACCUUGCCUGAGGGUGAGCGACUCCUGUACUGUAGGGGAAGAAGUGGGAACUGAAAUCGUAUUUUGUAAAAAAAAUAAUAAUAAAAUAAAAAAAAUUUAAAGUUUUAAAGAAAGAACUAUGAGGAAAAGGAACCCCAUCCUUCCCAGCCCUGGCCAAUUUUAAAAACACAGAUCUUCCCCUCACGCCCGCCAUCCCCACGCUCCUUUUCUUUUUAAACAUGAAACAGCCCAGGGCCAGAGCCUCCCUGGUGCAGGGACGCCCCAGAAGAAUUCCUCUGGGGCUUUAUUUUCCUGUUGUCAGUUUUUUCUCCACGCUGGGGCUGCGGAGGGGUGGGGGGUUUACAGUCCCGCCCCUUCGCACUGCACUGUCUCUCUGUCCCAGGGGCAGAGGGGUCUUCCCAAUCCUACCCCUAUUUUCGGUGAUUUUUGUGUGAGAAUAUUAAUAUUAAAAAUAAAACCAGAAGAAAAAUCCUGUUUAUAGUGUGCUGGUGAUAGGGAGAAUACUGGGAGGAGGGCUGCAAGCCCGUGAUUGAUGGGGAGAUUUGCGCAGACCCCGGCCAGGGCUAUUCCCCUCCCCAGAGUUGCCUCUGGAAUGUCCAGAUCUCUGGUCUGCUCCUCUAAAUGGGGGCUGCCUACUCUU